UCCAGCUCGGACAGCCAAGAUGUGUCUGUCUGCUCAGCGUCCGAGCAAGAAAUCAACCAAAACUUACUAAAGUCUGUCCCAAGUGUGGAUUUCUGGCUGUUUUUUAUAAGAACAUAAAAGAAGGCAGUUGGAUUAUCACUUUAAAAGGGAAUAAUUCUUUUUCUGGCUAAAGAGGGGCUGAUUGCAGUUUGGGUCCCCAUGCCUUGUUUGGUGAGUGCUGGAGUAUCUGUCCUGGGCUGUAGCUAAAGCAGGGCUCUGGUGACUGGUAUCUGUGUGUCAGUGGAGCCGGGUCGUCACACGGCCCUGAGCCCCAGUAGCAGGCGGAGGGGCCUGUCCAGUUCCAACCACACGAAGAUGAACAAACUGAACUUCCACAACAACAAAACCAUGCAAGACCGCCGCUGCGUCUGUGUCUUUUUGCCCAACGACGACACACUUGAUAUCAUAGUUAAUGUGAAAACCCUGUGCCAGGAGCUGUUGGCCCAGGUGUGUGACCUCCUCAGACUGAAGGACUGUCACCUCUUUGGACUCAGUGUUAUUCAGAAUAAUGAACACAUCUAUAUGGAGCUCGACCAGAAACUUUCUAAGUACUGCCCUAAAGAAUGGAAGAGAGAAGCCAGCAAGGGCAUCGACCAAUUUGGGCCGCCAAUGAUCAUACACUUCAGAGCUCAGUAUUACGUUGAGAAUGGGAGACUGAUCAGUGACCGUUCAGCUCGGUACUACUAUUACUGGCACUUGAGGAAACAGGUACUGCUCUCUCAGUGCAUCCAGAGAGAGGAGGCCUACUUCCUGCUAGCAGCCUUUGCCCUGCAGGCGGACCUCGGCAACUUCAAACGUAAUAAGCACUUUGGGAAGUAUUUCGAACCUGAAGCUUACUUCCCCCCAUGGGUGAUCGCCAAACGAGGCCGUGAGUACAUCCUGAGGCAUAUUCCAAACAUGCACAAAGACCAGUUUGCCCUCAACGCCUCCGAGGCGCAUCUCAAGUACAUUAAGGAGUGUGCUCAGCUUGAUGAUGUCACCGUACACUACUACAGACUCUACAAGGACAAGAAGGAAGUUGAAGCAUCUCUUACUUUAGGACUGACAUUACGUGGUAUCCAGAUAUUUCAGAAUGUGGGGACUGUGAGGCAACUUUUGUAUGACUUCCCCUGGACCAAUGUGGGAAAAUUAGUGUUUGUGGGGAAGAAGUUUGAAAUCCUUCCAGAUGGGCUCCCCUCCGCUCGUAAGCUGAUCUACUACACAGGUUGUCCAACGCGCUCUCGCCACCUCCUGCAACUGCUCAGCAACAGCCACCGGCUCUACAUGAACCUGCAGCCUGUGCUCAAACAGGUUCGACGACUGGAGGAAAAUGAAGAGAAGAAGCAGUACAGGGAAUCCUACAUCAGCGAUGCUCUGGACCUGGACAUGGAUAAUCUGGAUCAGCGUUCCAGAGCGAGCGGCAGCAGCGCAGGCAGUGUGUCGCAUCCCAAACGACUGUCCCGCCAUUCCACCACCAGCCACAGCAGUUCACAUACCUCCGGCAUUGAGACAGACAGCUUCAGGGCCCCGGGUCAGGCCCCCCACCGGACACUGCGCACUUGCAGUUCAUCUACAACCAGCCACGGGAGCUCACACACCUCCGGCAUUGAGAGCAGUGGCAAAGAGCGCAUACUAGAUGAUGACGAUGAUGAGAUCGAGAUGCUGGUGGACGACCCCAAAGACUAUGAGGAGCUUCAUGAGAUGGCUCUGGACCAAGACCUUUGUAUCCACAUCACUGAGGACAUGCUGACUAUGUCCCCUGACCAGACCAAUGGAUACUCAGGACUUAUCGUGAAAGACAUCAGCUCGUCCACCUCCAGCUCCUCUGAGACCGUUGUCAAGAUGAGAGGACAAAGUAUUGAAUCUCUGCCGCAGACGUCUGCAUGUAGGAAACCUCAGUCUUCAACCGACCGACACAGCCAGUCGCUUGACGACAUCCGACUCUACCAGAAGGACUGCCUGCAGUGGGCGGAGCUCUGUCAGGACACCGCACAUAGCUACACGUUUGGCUGCACUGAGGAACACAGCGACGGCUGCGGUUACCAGGGCCUGGCCGAACAACGCGGCGGCGUACGCGGAGAGCAGCAACCCUUCCCCAUCAAGAGAACCAGCAAGUACUUCUCCCUGGACCUGAUCAGCGAUGAGGUUCCUGAGUUUGUGGUCUGACGGAGUACGAGGUGGAAAGAAGGCAACCUCAUGGUUGUUUCUCCUCCGUAGCCGAUCCAGAGAUGCUUCAGUCCUCGGGAAACUACACAGGAGAGGAAUGUCAGGGAGUCGAUACGUGGUAGUUUCUAUUUUCAGCAGUGAACAGCACUGGCAACGAGUUAGCUCAACCCUGUUGUCCCACGUCAGACACAUCAGAUCCAAACAAAGAACUCUGACGAAAUUAAAUUUUCAAGAAUAUACAGUUGGUUUCAAGAAAACUUUUAUAUUUAAAAUAUUACUUAAGUCUCUCCUGAUUGGCAGAAAUCAAAACAAAAGUGUUUUCUCUAAACCGGUUUCACAUUCUAAUGCCAUGUUUACCUCCUUCAUCCUUCUAAUGCCAUAAAAAGACUCAGGUCUUCAAACAUCAUCUGCCACAGAGGACAAAAGCACUCUGAGCUCUGAACCAAAGACAAGCCGACACAGAAAAGACCUGAAACAGCAUCUCUGUCGAGUGGGAAGAUGAAAUGGCCCGUUACCCCUUUAGAGACACCAGCCGUGACUCUCUCCUUCCCUGCCAGUCUUCUUCUAGGCAGCGUCGCCGCUUCAUUUUACCUCAGCCGGGUGUGCAGUGUGCCAACACACGGAGCGUGCCUUCCUCUCACUAUGCAGAUGUCAAACCUUUGCCUUGACAAUCACAACAUAAUCUAGAUCAUUUUAAAGAUCCACUCCAUUAGAACACAUAUUGCUCUCACAAACCUUUUAAAAUCUUCUUUUCAAAGGGAUUAAAGUGAUUUUAGUCACCCAACAAAGCAUCACUGCUUCACACGGCUCCGUGUCCUGUGAAACCCGACUCAGUGGAGUUUUCUGAGAGGAAUGAGGUCGAGUAGGUUCAGACAUGUCCUUACUUGUGUGGUGCUCGGCCAUGAACGCAUCCCUAUAAUCAGAACGCAAAAUGGAGCCCAGGUGGCUGUCAGCCAAAAACAGUCCAUACGCUUUGAUGCAUACACGUAUUUCUUUUUGCUCACUCAGCUCUGAUUAUUACUUCAUUGUGCUUUUUCUGCUGUUUUAAGCUGGAAUUUGUUCAUUUGAAUUUUUCAUCCUCUCAUUUUAACUGACAUACAUUACAUCUGUUUUUUUAUGAUUUGUACGGACUUGUAUAUGUUGAAAACGUGAUCGCAUUCAGUAUUACAAGCAAAGUAUGUGACAGUAUUAUGGACGUAUGAUGUCAGAUGCUUUAUUUUGUGUAUCUGAACAAGAAAGACAAGUUUUAGUGUCUCCCAGUCACCUGAAGCCUGUUACAGUGUCUUUUAAGUAUUCCUAGGCUUUGGAUAAGCCUAGGCAUGUACCCUCCGAGAUGCAGUGAGUGAAUGAAUAGUGUGUGAGCAUGAUUAUUCAAAAACAGAAACGCUAACAUCUCAUAAGUCUUUUUUGUUAAAGAGGCAUAUAAUGAGAGUAAACAGAUUGCACUCGAUGCACCAAUUUGAUGAGUAAAGCAAAUUUAUUUUUGCUUAUAUGCUAUAUUCUGCCACCUGCUGGACAUGUGUGGGCUUGUUGCAGGGAAUAAUCUUGUCAUCACACGCAUGAUGGAUAUUAGGACGGAUGUGGGUUAAAGUUACAUGUAAUUUGAAAUGACCUUGUCAGUUUAUUUCACUUCUGAAGUCCUGGUUAUGUAUGGUGGUCACUACCAUUGCUUCUAAAUCAUAUGCAGCAGAAAUUCUGAAAACAGAACAGACAUUUGUAUAACUGUAAUUUCCAGACUAUAAAUCAUGUUUUCUUUUGUGUUUUUGUUUUUUUUAACUAGUUUGGGAGGACCUGUGACUUACAUUCCAAAGGGACUUGUAUGUUAUCCCCCCCCACACACACACACACAUACGCAGACAAAAAAAAAGUGUAACAUUAAACAAAAAUUGUGGUUUUCCACACAGUGGGAAACAAGAAACACAACCUUAAAGAUAUUUAACUUACGUUCUUUAUGUGAGUGUUUGACUGAAUAGUCUUUCCAGAUUGUUAACAAAAUGUUUUUUCUUCAUGCUUGUGAAAUAUAUGCAUCAAAAAUGAAUGCAAUUUAUAGUCUGGAAAAUACAGUAGGUUAAAUCUGAUUGAGUUAACUAGUAUAAUACAAUAAUACUUUCAUAAAGCGAUGUUGUUUUAGCUGCAGAAUGCUGACCAAAGAGUUACAAAUUUAUCUCCGUUCACUUAUACAAACACAAAUUUCCGAGAUGGGAUUGAAAUUAUGGUUUAGGUAUUGAAACAGCCUGGAUUCUGUGUUGUGUGCUCACAGUCAGAUUGUUAGGUAUGAUUGUCCCGGUGAUUAGCAAAGUAUCUCUACUUUUUAAACUUGUUGACUGUGUUGCCGAGCUGCAUGUAUGUUGUGUUGGUUUUGUCUCUGUGCAGCCCCCCAGACCAGUUAACUUAAACAAAACUGCAUUGCACCCAUUUUGAGUCUUUCUUUAAUACAAGAACACCAUUCCACAGCAUUUAUGAACAAGUUUGAAAAAUGUGUCUAUGUACUACAUUUCAUACACGAUACUGCUACGUAACUAAGACACUUCUAUAUAUCUCUUACAGGUUGUUGCUGGCACUGUUUUGUAAUUAUUUCUGCUUUUUGGUGGACAUUGUCUGAAUUCAUAUUUUGAUGGACAAUAAUGUUUCUUCUACAUAUAUUAAUACAGUUUGUGUGAAAUAGCCAUACAACUAUAAUCCAAGUCAUCAUAUAUUGUGCUCAUUCCUUUACGACUUUAAUAUAUGCUCAUACACCAGGUAAGAGUCUGUAUGUCUGCACUAUGUGUCCAUAAUCCUUUCUGUGAAAGGAUCUCCUUUUACAAAUUUUUAAAAAGUGUUUUUUCAAUCACCCUGUAGUUAAAAAAAUAUGAUUUUGUUUUAAUUAUUAUUAUGAAGUCUGGUCUGUGCCUUGUUGGUACUAAUGCCCCCAAUAUCCAUUAAAAAGGUACCUUUAUUUACCAAAA